AUGGGAGAGCCGCCCGCUGCAGCAACCCAGCGAAUCAAGCAAAGAAAAGCGGGGUUUUGUGUUCUAUCAGGGAGCGAGCUCCGCUACUGGGGGGCAUUGCUUAGCCGUGGCUCCCAGGGAAGGGGGUCGUUUCUGGAACGUGCUAGCUGGAAAAGCCAAGCAAAACAGAAUAACGCCCCGUUUGGCCCUGGUCUUAGCAUUGUUGCAUUCAACAUCCUUUUCAAGGCAACUUCGGGUCUAUCAACUCAGAGAACGUUGAGCGCAGUCGGCGGCGCGUGGACCCUGAGAUUGGAACCUAGCUAUGGGAGCAGCGCCUACUUGGCUCAACGACCCCAGAUUGAGGCCUCCUGGCCCGGAAGCCCAUGGGGCCGGAACCAAGCAGAUAAAACCCGGCCACCAAAACCACCCCCACAUUCCCAGACACCCCUGGAUGGAGAGGAAAGCCGAGGACCCGCAGCUUUGGCCAGCCAGGACGCAGGGACCUCCCAAGUUGCUUUCUGCAUAGCCGCUGCUCUCCAGGAGGCCACCUCAGCCCAAGUCAGGCGCCGGGGACGCCUGUGCAGGCCGAGGCCGGGCGAGGAGCCCCUAAAGCCCUCGCUUCGGACCCUUCCGAAGGCGACACCUUCCAACCCCGUGCCCGAUGCGGCGGAGGCGCAGUCGCCCGAAGCAGCGAGAACCCGGCCGAGGCGUCUGGGCGCCUGGCUCCCCGAACUCACGCCAGGGAAACGCAGUGCGUUUCCGGGAACUCGCAGCCACCUUUGCAGCGGGUACUCGGCUGGGUUUGUAUUUGCUGUUUUAAUACAAACCCCGCCGCACUGCCUAUUUCAAAGAUGUGCUAAUUACUACUUGGAUAGCAGGGCGCAAAGUCCUUGUCCAUUUCCCAGUACAAAGUAGGUUGCUAGAAAAUUUGAAAUUGCCUUUCAGCCUAAAGCUGCCUUACCUGAAUGUCAUAAUUACAGUAAUUAUGUACAUCCAAAUUACAUGCUAAUUAAAUUAGAAUCAAAUCGUUCUAAAUCGAAAUCAAAUGAGGUAGUGAAGAAUUAAUCAAUGACAACAUAAAUAGAGAGCUUCCUUCAGAGAUAUUUAUUGUAACGAUCCAAGGAGGAAUUUGAUCUGAAAAAGUCACCUGUUUAUUUACUUUCAAAUUAGUAAUCAGUUAUUAUCCCUUCUCCAUAAUUUUAACCGUUCAGUGUUAUUUACCCCCCACCCUUUCCAGAUGCUGGAGUUUAUAGAAAUAUGUAUGAGGUAAAUACAUACAGACAUGCCUCCCCCAUAUAUUAUUGAUAUAAAUACGUGCGGUAUGUUUUCAUCUCCAGUUAGGGAGAAGGUUUCAGAAUGUCCAUGGGGAUACAUCCAUCCAGUGCUCGUUCUCAGGGACCCGGGAAAUGUUAGCACCUUGGGAGUUUUCUGUUUUUUUCGAAAACCUUUGCACACUCUUCCUUUGGAAACGCACGCUGGGCAUUUUGCAUUGUUUUGUGUGCAUCUUAUCCUUCCAGGGUGAUUCAUUUAUAAAAGAAAUGCAAACUGAUAGGGUGUGACUCCCCCAGUCCGUUAUAUGAUUGCAGAUUGAUGACAAGCGUUGACAUUUUCUUUUUUUGCCCCAGGAGCGAGAGAUUAGCACUGGCUUCAUAAAAGCGCCUUCUUCACCUGUGGAGCCCCAGCCACCAGAGAAAUUCGCUCGCCUUCCUAACUAUUGCUGGCGAGUCCGCCCUCCGACCCGCGCACUGGAGACGCGCUGGAGGCCGGGCGAGCUCAGGCGGGAAGUGGCAGGCGAGGCCCCGGCGCGCAGCCCCCUGACCCGCAGCCUCGAGGAGUGGCCUGGGAAUUUCUUCGGGAUGCGUUUAGGCCACUGUGGUGGAGAGGGGACGAAGGACCGGUACAGAGAGCUAACUCGGACCCUUUCCCGCUACAUUUUAUGAGUAGGGAGUCUAGAGGCCUCCUAGCGCAAGAGGCGCAUCUUCCAGAAAGGUUGUGCACCCUAAUUCUCAGUCCAUUUGAGAGUGCUCAAAAGAUUGCCAGAAGCGUGCCGGGAAAGAAAACAUCAGAGAAUGCAGUGUGGCGUCACUUCUGGGGAGGGGAAGGGGCGACCCCAGUUCGGAACUCACCCUACCACUCUACCCCAGCCUCUUCCUGCUUCCUUUUGGUUUAGGGUGAUGUCCUUGGAAGCCCGGCUCUGAACCGCACCAGAGUUCCCGGACCUCUACUUCUUCCCACCCCCUCGGGAAGUCUUUGGAGCAGUAGGGACAGAGGUUUUGUGUGUUUCCGAGUGGGGGAAGGCGGCUCACAGGCAGUGAGGCCGGAGCGUGCAUUUCUCUCCAUUCCAAGCAAUUCUUGGCAUUUCAUUCCGAACCUCGCUUCAUUAUUACUGUUACAUUCUGGGGGUUCUGGGGUUCUGUUAAGUGUGGUGUGAGGGAGGAGAAAAGGAGAAGGUGUCGAAAAGUUAUCUGCUUCUUUUUCUGCCAGCAGGAACCGGGAUUUAGGAGCCUCAAUCAGAACAGCUCUCAGUUGCGUUUCCCAAAGCUAAGUUCCCUCGUUUCUAUUUGUUCCUCACAACUUUUAAAAAGCAUUUCUCCUUUUGAUCUUAAAAUGCUCCCAAGGCCCGCAGGUAUUGCAUGCCUUUCUUUAUUUCUUUUCAAGAAGUGGUAACUAUAGCAAAGGUUUCUUUUCAGAAAACCUAAAUAAGAUGUUUUAGUAUCCUUUAGCUACUGGAGCUAAAAACGCAGCUUUCUUCCUGGUCUUAAGCACAGGGUGUGGAGGAUGUGGCCUUUUUGAGAGGCCUCCGCCAGCGUCUUGGCUCCUUGGUCGUUAAGUAAGAAAAGUGAAAUGGGCCAAGUGGAUUUUGAACUCUGAGCUUCAGGGCUAAAGCAUACCAAAAAUGUUCCGUGAUUAAAAUUGGGAAGCCUGCUUCCAGCAGUGGGGACUUGAUUUGUUUCUCUGUCAGCAAGCCGUCUUAUGGAAGAACAGUAAGAAAGGUCCAAACCUUUCACAUAAAAAGCUUUCUUCAGAUUGCAUCUGUAUGAUUCAAAACAAGAUCGAUUUCACAUUGCAAGGUAAGCAGACCUGCCGCUACGCUGGCUGCAGCAACCUCUAUUUUGUCAUUUAUUAAAAGAAAUUAUAAGUAAUUCACUAUGUAGACAUUCAGAUAACUUAAGUCCUAACCUAGCAACCUGAUCGUUCCUGGUCAUUUGUAAAUCGACAGCACCUCCUACAGGAAUCAGUUUGCUAGUGUUAUGUUAAGUGUUAGGCUUGGGGCAAAAGGAUUAAGGGGAUGUCCCCCAAACAUGUUCUAUGCCUCUCAGUGCAGUUCCAAGCCUAUGGACAAAUCAAGAAAUGUCUACAUGUACCCAGAUUCCUUUAAAAGAACUUCUCUAUUAAAGAACCUAAGAAAUUGUGACUGCCAACUAUCAAAACCAUCUAAUCAAUAUUUGUUUUGUAUUAAAUGACAGAUGUCUUUAAAAAAGUAGAGCCCUAAUAACAAAAUAUUAUGUCCAUGAUAUAAAAUGUGUUUUUGAAAUUG